GCACACCUCCCAUAACCAGCGAGGGGGGGUUAUUUGGGGUUGCGCCUGCGCAAUAAGGGAGGAUAUUACCACGAACUCCUGGCUUCGACCGCCCUGUUUCCCUCACUCACUCCCUUCCCGGAGGGGCCCACUUAAAGACAGCGACGAGGGCAAGCUUUUCUCUGUGUUGCGCUAGUGGGCCGCGCGCGCACCGGUCUCCCUCCUCCCUCACAUUUUUUUCUUCCCCGCCCUGCCGCGUCGACGCCCUUAAGUUGUUCCCUCAGAGCGGCGGGCGCUAGCUAGCUUCUCUCUGUCCCGUUGCCGUUGAGGUAACUGCUACCGCCGCCACCGCAAUGUACCGUUGCUUGGGGGAGCUUCUGGCGCCCGCUCGCGCCGCCGGCUCAUCGGCGCUGUCCGGCGCGGAGCCGUGCGCGGCGGCCCUGCUGACAGGCAGUGGCCCGGGAAGCAGGGACGCCAGUAGCCGGCGCCGUUACAGCCAAGCUGUGGAGCAGGAGGAUGACCCCAACUUCUUCAAGAUGGUGGAGGGCUUCUUCGACCGAGGCGCCGGCAUCGUGGAGGACAAGCUGGUGGAAGGGCUGCGCACCCGCGAGAGCCCCGAGGAGAAGCGGCACCGCGUCCGCGGCAUCCUGCGCAUCAUCAAGCCCUGCAACCACGUGCUCAGCGUCUCCUUCCCCAUCAAGCGCGACAACGGCGAGUGGGAAGUGAUCGAAGGCUACCGGGCGCAGCAUAGCCAGCACCGCACCCCCUGCAAGGGAGGUAUUCGUUACAGUACAGAAGUGAGUGUUGAUGAAGUGAAAGCUUUGGCUUCUCUAAUGACAUACAAAUGUGCAGUGGUUGAUGUGCCGUUUGGUGGUGCAAAGGCUGGUGUGAAGAUCAAUCCUAGAAAUUAUACAGAUAAUGAAUUGGAAAAAAUCACAAGACGGUUUACCAUGGAACUAGCAAAGAAGGGCUUUAUCGGGCCUGGUGUGGAUGUGCCUGCUCCUGACAUGAGCACAGGUGAGAGGGAGAUGUCCUGGAUUGCAGACACCUAUGCCAGUACCAUAGGACACUAUGAUAUUAAUGCCCAUGCUUGUGUCACGGGAAAGCCAAUAAGCCAAGGUGGUAUACAUGGCCGUAUCUCUGCCACAGGCCGUGGUGUCUUUCAUGGAAUUGAGAACUUCAUUAAUGAAGCAUCAUAUAUGAGCGUCUUGGGAAUGACUCCAGGAUUUGGGGAUAAGACAUUUGCUAUCCAGGGUUUUGGCAAUGUAGGUUUGCAUUCCAUGAGGUAUCUUCAUCGCUAUGGUGCAAAAUGUGUUGCCGUUGGAGAAAAGGAUGGUGCUAUCUGGAAUCCUGAUGGACUUGACCCAAAAGAGCUGGAAGAUUACAAACUGCAACAUGGAUCGAUACUCACCUACCCAAAGUCACAACCCCUGGACUGCCACAUCCUUGAAGCAGACUGUGACAUCCUCAUUCCAGCUGCCAGUGAAAAACAGUUAACAAAGACCAAUGCCCACAAGGUCAAAGCAAAAAUAAUCGCUGAAGGUGCUAAUGGACCCACAACUCCAGAGGCAGAUAAAAUUUUUCUGGAACGGAACAUCAUGGUUAUUCCUGAUCUUUAUUUAAAUGCUGGUGGUGUAACUGUGUCUUACUUUGAGUGGCUGAAGAACCUGAACCAUGUCAGCUACGGUCGCUUGACGUUUAAGUAUGAAAGGGACUCAAACUACCACUUGCUAAUGUCUGUCCAGGAGAGCUUGGAAAGAAAGUUUGGGAAACAUGGUGGAAGUAUUCCAGUUGUGCCUACCGCAGAAUUCCAGGAUAGGAUAUCUGGUGCAUCUGAAAAAGAUAUUGUCCAUUCUGGUUUGGCCUACACCAUGGAGCGUUCUGCUAGGCAAAUCAUGCGUACUGCUAUGAAGUACAAUCUAGGCCUAGACCUGAGAACAGCUGCCUACGUCAAUGCAAUUGAGAAGGUCUUCAAGGUGUACAAUGAAGCUGGCCUGACCUUCACAUAAAUGGAUAGUCAUCUGCUUCAGACAGGCACCCUGUUGUGUACCCUCUUCAGAAAACGUAUUUCAAGUUUACACAUAACCACAGAAAUCCCUCUAUUCUCAAUUAACUAUAAUGGAUAUGAUUCUCAGUUGACUUCAGUUUGAGCUAGUCUUUUAUAAUAAAAAAACCCAGUGGAUUUAGGGCUUCAUGCCAAGAUAUAUCUACAGGUAACCAUCUGCACUUGUUUUGGGUGCAGGGGUGGGGGGAGUUCUAAGUAUUUUCUUGCCAUGAAAUUUAAAAAGGUACCUUUUACUGUAUGAUUUUGUGGUCUUGCCACAAUAAGCAACCUAGCAAAGCUUCAGAUCACAGAACUGUGUACCAUUGGAGCAAACAUCUAACUAUUCAUGCACUUUGGUUUCAAACAAUAACUCUCCUAGCUUUGGCACUUUGAAUAAAGGCCUUGGAUGAUCAAUGCAGUGGCAUUAUCAAAGACAGAAUGGGCCUCCUGCAGGGAAUAACUUUGAUAGGAUUCUCAUUUUUAGCAGCACCAUAGACCUGGUUCUCUUUAGGCAAUGUGUGUGUUUCUUUCUAUAAUCUGUGCUCCUGUUACAGAGAUGCCUUUAAAUCAUGUACUCACCUUCAUUUGACUCAAGUACUACAAGGUGCACAUAAAAAGAUGGGUUCCAGGAGCUAGUAUUUUUAUAAACUGAAGCAGUAACUUUGUUGUACAGGGAUCCAGUGGAAUUAUCUCUUGUGUUUAAUCUCAUCACAGCAUAUUCAUUUUUUUUUAAAAAAAGAAUUGAAAUGUACUUGAGCAUAAUCUUAGGUAGUCCAAAGAACUUGUCUCUUUUACCAUUAGCUAUUGCCUCAAUGAACAAUUAAAUCACUGGCAACAAGGAGGUAAGCUGCUACUACAAACUUUGUGUAGUGUCCUAACAUGCUGACUUUCUGUUCUGUUUUUGGAGGUUUGCAUAUUCUGAACAUAAAUAGUUUAAUAAAGAGGGUCUUGAAGCAGGACUGUAUCACAGUUUUGAGGAUUCUUGAUAAAGUCUUUUGGCCAGAGGAGUCCUAUAUAAAGUGCCAGAUAUAUUUAUGUAAUGAAUAUGAAUGUUUUUUUAAAAAAAACCAAGCCCUCCCAGAAACUUGUUUUUUUCUAGCUACUUUGUACACAUGACAUAACAUGGCAACAAAAGCAAUUAUUAAAAGCUGACCUUUCCAAAAA